AUGGAGUUCCGCGAUACCCUCGCCGCGACCGGCUUCUUAUCCUACGGCCUCUGGCAUCCCUUUGAGUCCAUCUCAAGCGUCGGCCCGACAUUAAAUGAAGCCACGUUCGGCCUGCUAGGAUCAAGCUACAGGCCCGAUCGCGACAUUCCCAGCUUAGAAGGCAAGGUGAUUCUUCUUACGGGUGGAAAUGCUGGAAUAGGCAAAGAAACCAUCCGUCAACUCGCAAGACACCGACCGGCUCGAAUUUAUCUCGCCGCGCGCACUGGAAGCAAAGCCCUCACUGCUAUCGAGUCAAUUCAAGCUGAAUUAUCCUCCCCCGUCGAUAUACGCUUCCUGCCGCUGGACCUAUGCUCCUUCAAGUCUAUCCGCGCCGCGGCGGCGGAGUUCCAGGCUCAGAGCGAUCGACUGGAUGUUCUGAUUCUUAAUGCGGGCACAAUGGGGAACCCGGCUACAACGACGGAGGAUGGCUUUGAGGUUCAGCUUGGCACAAACCAUGUUGGUCACUUCUUGCUCACUAAGUUGCUGUUGCCUACCUUGCAAGCGACUGUUGCUUCUGGUCGUGUCAAGGGUCUUACGCCCGACGUACGCAUCUUGAGUUUAUCUUCUGUCGCACAUGCAAUUAGCCCAGUUACAUUUGAGGAAGUUACCUCCACGCCCUCGUUACUGGCGACUAGCACUUGGCACCGCUAUGGUGCUUCUAAGGCAUUGAAUAUCUUCUUUUCUAUCGAGCUUGCCAGGCGGUAUCCAGAGAUUCUAUCGGUCGCUGUGCAUCCCGGUGCUGUUAGUAGCAAUUUAUAUGACCAUGCCAAGGCUCUUGGUGCGCAGGUAAAGUUCUCGCUGAGUGCCGUUGUCGCUCUCUUUUUCAGGAAGAUUUCUACGGGCGCUUUCAAUUCUUUAUGGGCCGCUACUACAGAUCGAGAGAAUUUGGUGAAUGGGGCUUAUUAUACCUCUGUUGGGUACCGGAGUACGGGUACGACGUUUGUACAGAGUCCUGAUAUGCCGCAGAGGAUUUGGGAAUGGACCGAGGAGCAAAUUGCUGAGCGAAGCUAG